AUGAUGAAAAACAAGGUCCGGCGCGCCGCUGGGCUUGGGCGCAUGCUACUGGUGGGCGAUUCCAUUAUGGGCAAUCUGUACGAGUCGCUACUGUGCUCCAUUUACACGGGCGGACACGAGGCGGAGUCUCUGUCAGAACACUAUCGCCCCUCGUUUCUCUCACCCAUUCUCCUCUCCUUGCCCUCGCUCCCCGACCACUCACUCUUUCCUUUCUUCCCUCCGGACCCCUCCGCACUCCCCCGUAACCCCUCCGACCCACAGAGAGGCCACAAGCCGCUGAACAGCGUGAAGGCGAUUUUCUUCCCGACGUUCAACUUCAGCGUCGCCUACUACUUCUCGCCCUACCUCAUGGAUGCGUUCCAGCAGCAGGCCAACGGCGCCAAGCGCGGCGGCGCGCACGGUUACGUCGUGAACGUGACGUCAGUGCACCCCGUUGUGGUGCGCCUGCUGCCCAUGUAUGACGUGGCGGUCUUUUCGUCCGGCACCUGGUGGCUGCAGAACGUUCCGGGAAGGAAGCAGCCGAAUACUUUUAUGGUGAACGGGGUGGUGCAGCAGAACAUUACGAAUAUCGAGGCGUUUAAAACGGGGUUAAAAACCCUCGCGAAUCACGUGAAGCAGUCGAAUUUCUCGGGAAUCCCGUUCUUCCUGACCUUCAAUCCCAAGCACGGCCCCGUUAUGCGCACAGCACGGGGGGAUGGGGCGUGCGGCGCAGUGCAACCCAUCGGUCCGAAGGGCGCGUUCAAAUGGUACGAGUCGAUACGAACAGCGGAGGAGUAUUUCAAGAUGCAGCGACGCGUGCUAACGAGCAGCAGCAACAUGCGGGUCGUGAAAGAAUUCAGGAGGAAAAAGACAGGCACAGCUGUGCGCUCUGUCCGUAAUCAUCGCUUGACUAUCCGCGCAACUCCGCUGGCAUGGGGGUGGGCGCGACGAUACACCGCUGCCACGGGAAGAACCAUAGCCAACCAGACCGCCCCACCUGCACCUCCUCCGCUUGAGACAUCGGUGCAGCUGUUUGGACCGUCCUUCAGGCACAGUGUGGCACGCUCCUGGAACACGGCAGUUGACUCCUCCCUUGGUGCGCUGGCCGCUGCCCUUAGGCCCAUGGCACCUGCUCCGCCGACCAACGCGCAGCCGUAUCCGAACCAGCUUCCGAACCAGAUGUACGCGGGCCCGUACCAGGCCGCAAACGGAGGUUCGGCAGCAGGAUUCACAGGGCCGGGCGGGAUCAGCGCGCAGUACCCGGCAGGUCAACCUCCCGGUAUGGGCGCGCAGUGGAAUAGCGCGGGCGGGGCCGGCGGUGCGGGCGCGUAUGGAUCGCCUGCCGGUGCCGCGACGACGGCAGGAUGGUCGUCCGCACCGCCUCCCAUGUCCCCUUCCCAUCGGCUCAAGCCCCCACUCCCCCUUUUCAACGCCCCUCUGCUCCCUACCCCCAAAACCCCUCCUUUUCUCAAAACCCCCCUUAUCCCCCGAACCCUGCGUUUGCCCCUCCGCCCAUGGCGCCCCCUCCUUCCCCGGUCGCCGGAGGUCCCCCUCAUUCUUCCGCCCCCCCUCCCUCGCCAGGCGCCCCUGGUCGGCCAGGAUGGGGGGGAAGGGGGGAUGGGGGCAGGGCAGGCGGCGGGGGAGGGAGAGGGGGGUGGAGGGAUGGGGAAAGAGGAGGAGGGAGAGGAGGCGGAGCGAGGGGCAGGGGCGGGGAAAGAAGUUGGCGUGGCGGUAGAGGUGGGGAGGGGCGGGGGUUUGGAGAGGGAAGAGGUGGGGGGAGAGAGGGCAGGGGGAGAGGGCAAGGGGGGAGGUGUGGCGGGCGGGGGGGGUGGGGGGAGGGCAGGCGGGAUGGGGAGGGUAGAGGGAGAUUUGGGGGCAACAGAAUGA